AUGUCUGCGAGCAGUAAGGUCCCAGUUCUUCCUGUCCCAGGUCACAGCUCACAAUCUGCCCCUGUAUCAGUGAGCGCUUAUUCUACCACACAACCAUCUGGGUCACAUUAUUCGGCGCACCCAGUGCCAUCCACAGGGCUGGCUUCCACACAACCCUAUUAUUCCCACGACAAUUCUGUCCCACCUCAAUACAUCGGUAUGGAUUCAUAUAGCCAUCAGAGUUAUUCGCAGCCGCAGCCUGCAGCUAGCGGACAUACUCCUACAUCCGCUGGUGGCCUAUCAUACAGCUCUUCGCAUAUGCCGCCUCCCUAUGAGCCGCAGCAUACUAGCCAGAGUGCAUACAGCCAGUUUCAGUAUCCGACAUCAAGCAUGCCAUCCACAUUGUCUUCCAGUGCACCAACACAAGGCCCGUUCCGAGGUGUUAUGACUGCAGGCGCAGGCCCACUCGUCAGCUCCCGAAACGAGUCUAAUAUGUUGGAUACAUACAACAAGGCUAUCUACCCUUCAACCCCAGACACCACUGGCCAAGUUUGCCCGCCUGGAGCCAAGCCGAGAGUUACUGCUACUCUUUGGGAGGAUGAGGGUAGCCUGUGCUUCCAAGUUGAGGCGAAAGGUGUUUGUGUCGCACGUCGAGAGGAUAAUCACAUGAUCAAUGGAACCAAGCUGCUCAACGUGGCGGGUAUGACCCGUGGUCGACGAGACGGUAUUCUUAAAUCCGAGAAGGUCAGGCAUGUUGUUAAGAUUGGCCCAAUGCAUCUCAAGGGAGUUUGGAUUCCAUUCCAACGUGCUUUGGACUUCGCCAACAAGGAGAAGAUUACUGAACUUCUGUAUCCAUUGUUUGUGCAUAAUAUUGGUUCUUUGCUGUACCAUCCAGCAAACCAUACUAGGACAUCCGCUGUGAUCAGUGCCGCCAGGAGAGAAGGUAACCCAUGGACCGCAGUUCCACCUUCUUUGGGCAACCCAUCUUUGCCUACACAGGGACCGGGUUCUGCUUCCGCUUCGUCGGGACAGCCUUCUGGCGCUCCAAAUGCACCGACUCCACAGAGACGCUCUACUGAUAGCCUGAUAUCUCCACAAUCUGUUGGCAGUUCAGCGACAUCAAUGGCUAACCAAACCAGCUCUGCUCUUGUGCCUUCUCACCCCCUCCAGACUCACCGCCCAAGCAUCGAACGUAGCAUGACUUUCCCAACACCACCGUCUAGCGCCUCCAGCAUGAUGAUGCCAAGCUCUGAUUCGCAGUUCUGGCAAUCUUCAAAUUUGGUAUCUACUAAUCAGCCAUUGGCAAUUGACACUGCUACUAUGGCUUCGAGUAGAUCGAUGCCUGCAACUCCUGCUACGACUCCACCAGGCGGUGGCCAACUUCAAUCUUACUCUUCUUCUUCCGGCGGAUACACCGAUGCCUAUCGAGGUGUUAACUCACAAUCUAGCAUCGGUCGUUACCAAGGUGUUGGACAACAAUCUCAAUAUCUCGCCAAUGGUAGAGCAGCUACGGAUAUGGGCCCGCCACAGGCGGCAAGGCCAGGGCAGGCGGCUACGUCGUCUCGUCCAUCUUCUAGCCAAAAUGAUGGCAGAAUUACCAACUUAGGUGAAUCAUCCUCUCUUAGUCAUGAUGGCGGCAAUAGUGCUGAACAUGGCGAAGAAGAAGCCGACCACGAAGAAGAAUACACCCAUGAUAACAACCUUCAAGGCUACAACGCCUCCCGUGGGUCGUAUUAUCCAUCCUCGACGAUUCUCCCAAGCGACCAUGCAACCCAGCACUCGCCAGAAAUCAACGGUAGCUCAGCAAUCAACGGCACCGAAGUUCCACGAUCGACUUACGAUGCUUCUAAUGUCGCUGUUCCCCGCACCAUUGAGACUCCUGGCGCUCGCGCACCAGAUGCUACUGGUCACUGGAACUCUAACUCGACAUAUACCACCUCUCCACACAUCGCUCGCUAUGAUUCUUACAACUCCAAUGGCGACCGGUCCUCAGAGGCACACUCCACUAACAGCUCUUAUCAAGUUCAGUCGGGAAUUGUCCCAAUGUCUGGUAGCUACGGAGAGCAGACGUCGAGCAUGCCUGGUUCCUUAGCUGGUACCAAGCGUGGUCGCGAUGACGACGAUGGCCCAUCUCGCCCAUCAAGCCGUGCUGGAGACAGCGCUGACCCAGAUGGCAUGGGCAUCAAGAGGAGAAGGACCGGCGGGAUGCCAUCCCCGGCCAGCACUUUCAAUGUCACCAACAACAUUCCUCGACGCACUGCAAUCCCCACUGGAGUUCAGCAACGUCGAAGAUGA